AUGGCUGCGAAUCGUAGUCCCUUCACUAUUCACAACCUACCAUAUGGCAUUAAUUCCACCCAGGACAACGCAACCCGGAGAUGUGCAGUCGCAUUCAACGAAUGGGCGGUAGAUCUUGACGUGCUCUGGCGGUCCGGUGUGUUCGACGGUAUCGAGGGUCUUGAGGAGCAUGUCUUCAACAAUGACAAUCUUAACGCUUUCGCUGCUUUGCCCAAGACUAGCCGACUACAGGUUCGAGAAAAGCUGAUUGAGCUUCUGUCAAAAGGCGAUGUCACCAAGGAAGCUGAGACAAAAGAUACUUUUCAUCCGCUGGAGGCCGUCGAGAUGCACUUUCCUAUGGACACGCGUAACUUCUCUGACUUCUACUGCUCUCUCGAGCAUACCAAGAACUGUACUGCAAUCUUUGGCAACAAUCAAAUCAGCCCGAGCUGGUUCACGAUACCUUCGGUCUACAACGGACGAACAUCGAGUCUGGUCGUGUCCGGGACUCCUAUAACAAGACCUCUCGGUGUCUUCCCUGCGUCCAACGAUGGCAGCGUAACAGCCCCGGCCUUCCAGCCCGAAACCCACCUUGAUUUCGAGCUUGAAAUGGGUAUAUUCUUGUCCAAAUCCGUUCCUCGCGGUCGACGUUUGCAAAUCCAAGACGCAAAGGAGUCAAUCUUUGGUCUGGUGUUGCUCAACGACUGGUCCUCGAGGAAUACACAGUUCUUCGAGAUGGCUCCGCUCGGUCCAUUCCAUGCCAAGGGCUCUGCAACGUCUAUUUCACCUUGGAUAGUGCCCGUUGAGGCUUUGGAGGCGGUCGCUUGCCCUCGCCAUGCACCACAGGAGCCGGCUCCACUUCCACAUCUCAAGGCGCCCAGCGAUGAGAAGGCGACUUUCAACAUUGAGACAUCAGUCAAAUUAAUUCGCGAGGGAAAGAUGUAUGCAAUCGGCCAGAGCAACUUGAAUGAGCUGCACUGGACGCCGUUUCAGCAAUUGACGCAUCUUGGAAGCGCCGGCGAAGGCCUCUCUACUGGCGAUCUCUUUGGAACUGGAACAAUAUCGAGUGCAAGAACCAACGGAGCUGGCGAGAAGAUUGGACUUGGAUGCUUGUAUGAGAGGAAGCUGACCGGCAACGAGCUCACAACUGCUCCACCAGAUAUCAUCGAGACCUUCCUCCAGGACGGUGACGAGGUUGUGUUGGAAGGAUGGGCAAUUCAACCAGAAACGGGCGAGGUUCUGUUCGGCUUCGGGGAAAGUCGUGGUAAAGUGUUGCCUGCGGUGUAG